AUGCUGAAAGAGGCCGGUGUGCAGACAGAGUGCGGUUCUGUCACAAUCAGGGAAACUGAUCUGCAGACGUUGGCUGACUACUUGGAGGAGGCCCUUUGGCGAGAGCAGACUCUUAAGAAGAAGCUGGCGUCUCUCCAGGAAAGCACCACUAACCUUGUGAACUCCACUGAUCAAGUCUGGACGACCCGUUGCAGCGAAGACCUUCUGAGAAACAAGAUCCGGGCUUUGGAGGCGCAGCUGCACGUCUGUCUGCAGAGGUUUCCUAAAGAUGCUGUGAAGAAGCUGGUUUUGCAGAUGGAGAAGCAGAAGUUGGUUUAUGAAGACAAGGCAGUUAUUGCUUUGCAGAAAGCCACCCAGGAGAAAAGUGAAGCUGUGACCAAAGCAGAAACACUCCAGGCGGCUCUGGCCACAGCGCAGACUGAGACUCAGCGAUGGCAACGUCUCUACGAUGAACUCAGACUGAGCUCUGAGUUGCUCACACAAAAACACCACCAAAGUAGUGAGCAACUGCUGCAAGUGCUCAACCAACUGGAGCUGUCCCGGGUCAGAGGAGCAGAGCUGACAGAGGAAGUCGUCUCACUAAAGCAACACAACCAGGAGCUCCAAUACAACAUUGUUCUGCUGGAGGAGGACAGCACUGCACUGAGAGAUGAAAUACUCAACUUAAGACAUGGAAGCAGCGAGACGGAAGAGGUCCUGAUGCAGCAAAUGUUGAAGCCAAAAGAAAUCGAGGAGUGUUUACAAGAGAAGGAGUCACCUGAGGUCAAUGAGCAGCUACUGCGCACUUUAGAGAAACUUCAGCUUAAAGAAAAAGAGUGCGAGGAGCUGCAGUCAGAGCUGAGUGUGAUGCAGAUGGAGUUUCGGUCGACACAGAAGCGUCUGUCUCAGUGCAGAGAGCAGCUUCGGCAGCUGCCCCACCGCCCCAGGACUGAGGCGGGGGGGUGUUCCUGGCUGGCAUGGAGUCUGAUCGUCCUGGUGGUCUUGGCGCUGGCUGUGGUGGGUGGCUUGUUGUGGUUCCCUCCGUUCAGAGAACAGCUUGAGGACUUCUACUCCGACAUAGAGACCAGGAUCCAGGAUUAUCUGCAUGAGAUGUCCUCCCCCCAACACUCUGGCUGUUUUAGACCCGUAUGA